GGGCCAACGACCUGUACUGCUCCCUAACCGGCUGCAUUCACCCAGAUAUCUCUCGAAAAUGGCUCCUCUGUCGCAUCGCAGCAUAAGGGAUGGCUGGUUCAGAGAGAUAUCGUCUCAAUGGCCGGGGCAGGCGAUGACCUUGAAGGUUAACAAGAUCCUUCAUGUCGAAAAAUCUCUGUACCAGGACGUCCUUGUCUUUGAGUCGGAGACGUACGGAAAUGUGUUGGUGCUGGACGGAGUGAUCCAAUGCACGGAGCGUGAUGAGUUCUCUUACCAGGAAAUGAUCGCUCACUUGCCCCUGGCAAGUCAUCCCAACCCGAAAAAGGUGCUGGUCAUCGGAGGUGGGGAUGGUGGUGUCGUGCGUGAAGUGCUCAAGCACAACACAGUGGAGGAAGUUGUCCUUUGCGACAUAGAUGAAGCCGUUAUCCGAGUCUCCAAGAAAUACCUCCCCCACAUGUCCGGCCUGCUCGACAAUCCCAAGGUCCGCGUCUUCGUCGGCGAUGGGUUCAAGUUCCUGCAGGAAAACCAGGCAACCUACGACGCGAUCAUCACCGACUCCUCCGACCCCGUGGGCCCCGCGGAGGCGCUCUUCCAGAAGCCGUACUUCCAGCUGCUACACGAUGCUCUCGCACCGGGUGGGCACAUCUCCACGCAGGCCGAGUGCCUCUGGCUGCACCUCCCACUCAUCCACGAGCUGCGCACUAUGACAAAGGGGCUGUUCCCUGUCGCCGAGUACGCGUUCACCACCAUUCCGACGUACCCCUCAGGCCAGAUUGGCUUCGUCGUGUGCUCGAAGGAGGCUGGACGCGAUCUGAAGACGCCCGUGCGCAAGGUACCUGGGACGAGAUACUGGAAUGAGAAGGUGCACGCGGCCGCGUUCGUGCUGCCCGAGUUCGGGCGUGCGAUGACAGAGGAGGGCGUGGACCUCACGCCGAAGUUCGGGCGCGCGCUGGCGGAGGCCAACCUGCAGCAGCCGAAGAAGAAGAUUCUUCUCCUUGGGAGCGGCUUCGUCGCGCGUCCCUGCGCAGAGUUUAUCGUCCGGAACGCGGCGAAUGAGCUCACCAUUGCUUGCCGCACUCUCAAGAGUGCCCAGGCACUGGCGGCGGGCCUCCCGGCCACCACCGCUAUCUCGCUCGACGUUAACUCUACCGAGGCCCUCGACGCACAGGUCGCCGCCCACGACCUUGUUAUCUCGCUCAUCCCGUACACAUACCACGCUGCGGUGAUCAAGUCCGCGAUCAAGGGAAAAACGCAUGUCGUGACGACGAGCUAUGUCUCGCCUGCGAUGCGCGAGCUCGACGAGGAGGCGAAGAAGGCGGGGAUCGUCGUCAUGAACGAGAUCGGGCUCGACCCCGGUAUCGACCAUCUGUACGCGGUCAAGACGAUCUCGGAGAUCCACGAGAAGGGGGGCAAGGUCAAGCAGUUCCUGUCGUACUGCGGCGGUCUGCCGGCGCCCGAGUGUUCCGGCAACCCGCUCGGGUACAAGUUCUCGUGGUCCUCGCGCGGCGUGCUGCUCGCGCUCCUCAACAACGCGUCGUACAUCGAGUCCGGGAAGCAGUUCGACGUCUCGGGCACGGAUCUGAUGAAGUACGCACAACCGUACUUCAUUUCGCCCGCCUUUGCGUUUGUCGCGUACCCGAACCGCAACAGCGUACCGUUCCGGGAGUGGUAUAAUAUCCCCGAGGCGGAGAAGGUGGUCAGGGGCACCCUGCGGUACCAAGGCUUCCCCGAGUUCGUGGCAGCGCUCGUGCAGCUCGGGUGGCUGGAUAUGAAUGAGAAGGCGUGGUUGACGUCGGAGCUUACUUGGUUGCAGGUGAUGCAGAAGUUGACUGGUGCCGAGGAGGCGAGUGAGAGCGCUGUUGUUUCUCGCGUCAAGGCACUCUGCAACUUCCCCAACGAGUCUGAGGCGACGCGCAUUAUCUCGGGCUUCCGCUGGAUUGGCCUAUUCUCGGGAGAGAAGGUCAAGCCGCGCGGCGGGAACCUGCUCGACACGCUCUGCGCGCGGUUGGAGACGCUGAUGAAGUACGAGGAGGGCGAGCGCGACCUUGUGAUGCUCCAGCAUAAGUUUGUCGUACAGUGGCAGGAUGGGUCCGAGCAAACGCUCACGUCGACGUUGGAGGCAUACGGCAUCCCGGACGGGUACUCGGCGAUGGCACGCACCGUCGGUGUGCCCUGCGGCAUCGCGACGCAGCUCGUCCUGGAUGGCGUGCUGAACCAGACGGGUAUCCAGGCUCCGUAUACAAAGGAGAUCUGUGAACCUAUCAGAGAGAUACUGGAGAGCGAGGGCUUGGGCAUGGUCGAGAGGGUGUUGUAAGACUGACGUUCAAAAGAUGUAUCCAUAUGACGGAUCCCCUUGUGGGAUGGUCUGUCGAUUGUGUAUCUAAGCUGUGAUUGCGAGACUAUGUGAGACAGCACAGAACUGUGGUUAGGUGCUUUGGAUUCUGCCGUCCGUACCAGAUAUACCUACUUCACAUCC